UCCGGUGGGGGAACUGAAUUUUCUUUUUCUGUCGAGUUCUUUGUGACAGGAAAGUGGCGUUCUUCGUGUUACGACUUACACCCAAGAGAUUAGUUACGAGCUCGCGGUAUUAUUUCCCUCAUCCACGAAGCUCUGAAUUGAAAGCACACCCCACCAACCUUAUCGGAAAUCUCGAGGAGGCUGUGAAGAAGAAGGGGAAGAGGAAAGACAGCUCAAGUUGGAACGCGCCGAUGGCUUUUACGGGAGUCCUCUUCCCUGCCACCGCCACUGGCGCCCCGCACCGCCUCCGCCACCUCCACCAGCUCUGUCCGAAGCCGCGCCGCCUCUCCUCUACCACCCGCACGCUCGCCCUGCCCUCGUCCGCCGACCUCCCCGUUCUCGAUGCCCCGGUCGCCCUUGCCGCUGCCUCCUCCGUCGCCGCCCUCGCCGCCGCCCUCUCGCUCUCCGACCCCGAGCGGCGCCGCCGGCAGCAGGCGGAGGACGUUGGCGGCGGCGACAAGGAGGUUGUCCGUGACUACUUCAACAACACCGGCUUCGAGCGCUGGAAGAAGAUCUACGGCGAGGCUACCGAAGGCGUGAACCGCGUGCAGCUCGACAUCCGCCUCGGCCACGCCCAGACCGUCGAGAACGCCCUCAGCAUGCUCCGCGACGGCGGCCCGCUCGCCGGACUAUCCGUUUGCGACGCCGGCUGCGGCACCGGCAGCCUCUCUAUCCCCCUCGCUUCCGAGGGCGCCCUCGUCUCCGCCAGCGACAUCUCCGCCGCCAUGGUGACCGAGGCUGAGCGCCAGGCCCGCGAAGCCCUUGCCGACCGACCCGACCUCCAAAUGCCCAAAUUCGAGGUAAAGGAUCUCGAGAGCCUAGACGGAAAAUUCGACAUCGUGGUGUGCUUGGACGUGCUGAUUCACUACCCUCAAGGGAAGGCCGAGGCCAUGAUCGCGCACUUGGCAUCGCUGGCUGAGUCAAGGCUGGUUCUCAGUUUCGCGCCCAAGACGUUGUACUAUGACCUGCUGAAGAGGGUGGGCGAACUGUUCCCUGGGCCGAGCAAGGCGACGAGGGCGUAUCUGCACGCAGAGAGGGAUGUGGAGCGGGCUCUGGAGAAGGUCGGGUGGAGGGUGAGGAAGAGGGGCUUCAUCCGUACUCAGUUCUACUUUGCCAAGUUGGUCGAGGCGGUGCCAGUGGGCUUGGCAUGAGAUGAUGAUAACCAAAGGCACAAGGCUUUUGCCGGGAGAGGUACCUGCUGAUCUUGAAAUCUAGUCUUUGUUAGCUUGGUAUUCAGGAUGAAAUGUCUCGUUACGUCAUUGCCCUGUUUUCAUCACAGGCUAACUUGCUCUUUCAUUUUGGUAAACUUUUUCAUCCUAAUAUAAUGGAGAAGAUGGUCAACAAUUUUUCUUUUUUCUCUUAAUCCUUGGCAGAAUAUCCCAGAGGGAUUCUCUUCUUCUUCUUCUUCUUCUUCUUCUUCUUCUUUAAUUUUUGUUCCCAGUUCUGGUCUUGGUUCUAAAGCUAAUAUGUAUUCCUUAAUGGUACACUGUCUAGAGUAGGAAGUUUGAUAUUACAGAUACAUGUAGUGAGCUGUUGAUUAUUGAUUUUAGAAGCAGUGAAGUUAGAUAAUAUUUUCUUCCU